AUGAGGCUGGCUUUGGCCGCCUCCACCCGGAAAGCAUAUGAUCGCUCCGUGGAGCAGUUUACGGCUUUCAGGGAACAGGUAGGCUUGGCUGAUCUCUGGCCUAUCCCGGUGGAGCAUCUCAUGCAGUUCUGCGUAGAGCUUAAAGGUAAGGGGCUUGUGGUUAAAACUAUCAGAGCAAAGUUAGCUGCCUUGGCCUUUACCAGCAAGGUACGGGGCCUGUCAGACUCGUCCGGUGACUUUAGGCUACGCAAGAUGUUGGAGGGAUGGUCCCGGGAACAGGGCCCGCGGUCAGACCCCCGCACCCCCUUUUCCCCGGAGGUUCUGAAGGGGUUCGGGAGAAUUUGGCCCACAAUUCGUUUUUCUGAGUUUGAGGCCUUGUUAUUCCAAGCGGCUGCCAUGGCCGCCUUUUUUGGAGCGCUCAGAGUCAGUGAGCUGGUGGUGAGCUCGCGGAAUGACAGUUCGGGGCGGGCACUUUUGAUGGGAGAUGUAAAAAUUGUAGGUGAUUGUGUUACCAUUAGGGUGCGUAGGUCUAAAACAGACCAGCGACAUAAGGGAGUAACGAUCACCUUGGGUUCGUGCCAUGUCAGUGAGAUUUGCCCAGUUUUGGCUUUGAAGGGCUACAUCUCUGUUCGGGGUGACGAUCCCGGCCCCUUUUUCCGGCACGAGGAUGGGUCCCCCCUGACCAAAUUCCAAUUUUGGUCUGUCACCAGCCAGGCAUUAGUUAAGUUGGGGUUGUCUGGCUUUCGGUUUGGGACCCAUUCAUUUCGUAUUGGGGCAGCUUCCACGGCAGCCGCCAUGGGGUACCCGGGGCCGGCCAUACAACAUGUGGGGCGGUGGCGGUCUUCGGCGUACAAGAGUUAUGUACGACCUAUGUUGCACGACAUGUGUUAG